AUCCUGGGGCUAUAAAACCAGUCCACCGUGAGCGCGGCGGAGGAGCAGAGGCUCUGGCUUCGGUGCAGACGCCCAGCAGCCGGCGCGCUGCCACCCGGCCACCCCCCAGCGGCUUCUCCCCCGAGCCCCGCGUUCCUGACCCAACUCACGGUGCCCUCGGACCCCGGCCCGUCCGGCUGGGCUGCACUCAGUGCCCGCAGCUCGCCGGGCCAACGCCCAGAAGACCCUCGGCCGCGGCUCCUGGAGGGCCGAUCGUCCACCGGCCCCGGGCCACCUGAGGACGGGGGCGUCUUCAUGCGGCCCGCACAGUGCUCACCCCGCCGCCGUCGCCACCCCCGAGCCCCGCGCGCUGCGACCCAGACCCAGCUGGGCACGCAACUUUGGAAGUCCGGCGGCGCUCCGAGAGGCGGCAGAGUCCGCACGCUGGCCCCAGCCCGGGCCCGGCCGGCACUGCCGCGUCUGGGGGAAGCGAGACAGUCGGCAAUCGCUUCGGGGAUGUAAGAAGACGGACGCAAGACCCUAGGCCCGCGUCAGCGCCCCUCGGCUGCCUCCCGGGGUGGGGGCGGGCCCCGCACACGGUAAGACCUCUUGCUUUUGCUCGGGCUGAAGAGUCAAGAUCUAGAUAUAUUUUUAAAAAAUUUUCCGUCAUCCUACCAAGUCAUCAGGCCACCGAUGAUUUUGGUUCUCCCUUCUUGAAGAAUCUCUCUCCCUCUCCCCCUCGGCUCGACCUACUCUCUCCCGCCGCUUAGAAAUAAAACUUGUGCUGAGCUGGGAAAGAGAAGGCGCCCACCACGAGCGCCACAAGCGCAGGCCGGGCGCCGUUCGCGGGAGCCGGGCCCAUGGGCUGCUAGCGGCUCCCCAGCCCCGGCCGGCGUCCCUGCGGUCCCCUCCCCAUGUGAGGCGCGCAAGGGCGAGCGGGGCGCGGGAGGAAGAGGAGGACCCACGGGCGCUGGGCCGGAAGGCAACUGGCAGCAGGCCCAGGCAAGCGGGCAUCCGCGUUCAUGUUCCGCCAGGAGCAGCCACUAGCCGAGGGCAGCUUCGCGCCCAUGGGCUCCCUGCAGGUGGACGCGGGCAACGCUAGCUGGAAUGGGACCGAGGCUCCGGGGGGCGGCGCCCGGGCCACCCCUUACUCCCUGCAGGUGACGCUGACGCUGGUGUGCCUGGCCGGCCUGCUCAUGCUGCUCACGGUGUUCGGCAACGUGUUGGUCAUCAUCGCCGUGUUCACGAGCCGCGCACUUAAGGCGCCCCAGAACCUCUUUCUGGUGUCUCUGGCCUCGGCCGACAUUCUGGUGGCCACGCUUGUUAUCCCUUUCUCGCUGGCCAACGAGGUCAUGGGCUACUGGUAUUUCGGCAAGGCGUGGUGUGAGAUCUACCUAGCGCUCGACGUGCUGUUCUGCACCUCGUCCAUCGUGCACCUGUGCGCCAUCAGCCUGGAUCGCUACUGGUCCAUCACGCAGGCCAUCGAGUACAACCUGAAGCGCACGCCGCGCCGCAUCAAGGCCAUCAUUGUCACCGUGUGGGUCAUCUCGGCCGUCAUCUCCUUCCCGCCGCUCAUCUCCAUCGAGAAGAAGGGCGGCGGCGGCGGCCAGCAGACUACCGAGCCGCGCUGCAAGAUCAACGACCAGAAGUGGUACGUGAUCUCGUCGUGCAUCUGCUCCUUCUUCGCGCCCUGCCUCAUCAUGAUCCUGGUCUACGUGCGCAUCUACCAGAUUGAGCGCGCCGGGGGCGCCAAGGCGUCGCGCUGGCGCGGGCGGCAGAACCGCGAAAAGCGCUUCACGUUCGUGCUGGCCGUGGUCAUCGGCGUGUUCGUGGUGUGCUGGUUCCCCUUCUUCUUCACUUACACGCUCACGGCCGUGGGCUGCUCCGUGCCGCGCACGCUUUUCAACUUCUUCUUCUGGUUUGGCUACUGCAACAGCUCCCUGAACCCGGUCAUCUACACCAUCUUCAACCACGACUUCCGCCGCGCCUUCAAGAAGAUCCUCUGCCGGGGAGGCAGGAAACGGAUCGUGUGAGCGCGGAGGUCAGCGACCAGCCAACAGACUGGCGCCCACUGCAGUCAGCGGGGAUCGAGGGGAGCGUCUAUGUGGCCCCAGCACACUGAAACCCGGGUCCUGCCUGCUCCGUGUUUCCUGGCCCAGCCUUGCUCCGUGACCUCCGUUCUUCCCUCUCAGGGAAAAGUACUGGCCGAGAGGGUCACAGGCCCCCCAGUUCUUGCUAGGGCCGCUUGUGACUUGGAGCGAUCUUCCUGGGUUCUUGGGCCCCGCUAAUCAGUAUUGUUUCCUAAAGGUAUUUUCACAUCCCCCGAGUCCAGCUCUCAGUGCAGAUCAGAGCAAGCAAACAUUGGGCCCCAGAGCGCAGGGCUCACAAAGGAUUAAUGGAUGGGGUUACCCAGCCCUGGCUAAUGGCUCUCCCCCAUCCCCUAACUCUGUUUUUAAACAAAUGCUCAGGGCAGCCCUGCCCAUUCCCCCAACCCCCCACUGUAAAUAUACACUAUUUUUGAUAGUACAUGCUAGGAUCCCCAAUGUCUGGGUUUUCGGAUGCUGUUGGGAGAUGCCCUCGAGGCAGACACACUGUCAUUGGUUCAGGCCAAGCCCCUUUGUGUAAUGCAAGUCCUUUUCCGGAGUCAUUACCUCCUUCUGUGUCCUUUUCACCAGCAAACUGGUGACUGCCCCUUGGGCCUGGACCUGCUUUGAGAUUUCCUGAGAGGGGAAAAGAUUUCUGUCCAUUUUUUUCCUGUGCCUAACAGCAUAAUUGCCUUUUCCUAUGUAAAUACUACAACGAAGGACCAAGACAGAAGUAAAUGAACCUUUGAGCCAUGCAGCAGCCCUGUGUAUAAAGCCAUUAUCCUCUGAUGCACCCUUCCCCCAGCAACUCACUUGAAAAGUAUCUCUUUCCUGUGUCCCUUCCUCCCUCUCCCCCUCCUUCCCUCUCUCCAGGGCCACUGCUUGAAGAAUAUGUAUGUUUCUAUCUUGUAUGUUCCCGCACCUGCCCCUCCCUCCCCAAAAGUGCUGACUGCAAGCAAUCUUUUAGCUGCUGUUUUUAGACGGAGGAGUGGAAAUUAUGUGGAAGAAGCAAACCUGAUAUAAUUUGCUCAAGGUAAACAGUUUGCAAAGACAAAUGAGCCUGCCAAACUGUAUAGUUCCUGCCCCCGAGAGCUCUUAGGUAUCAAAGUGUUGUCCUCCCCCGACUGCUUUUCUGGUUGAGAUCAUGUCAUUGAUGAACUCCGCAAAUCAAGGGAGGAGGGCGGAGACCUCGUGUGUUUACAUCUGAGUUUCUACAUGUUUUAGACAGAGACUCUCUACGGCUGCGCUCUUAUUUCACUAAAGACAAACUAAUGUCAGCACAUGUUGCUAAUGAUGGUGGAUUUUUUUAAAUAAAAAGUUUACAGGUCAAAUGUGAAAUAAA